AUGCCAAACUGGGUGCCGCGAGCAAAUGGAACACUUGGUGUCAAAUCCAGCGGGCAGGCAGCCAAGCCGCCGCUGUCGCACGCCACUUCCUCCCAGCCAUCCAAAAUCAAAGGGAAUGCUGAAUCUAUUGACCACGUCAUCAUCAAUACCACCUCUGAUGCCACCGUCAUUUCUACUCUCGAACUCGGAACCACAUCUGUCGAUCCAAGCAAUGCCCUUCUGUUCCCGCCGCAAUCCACACAAGGCACUCUCUUGGUGGAGAAUAGACAGGAAAAUGGGACAGAAGCAUCUCUGGAAGCCCGUAAGAAGGCGGUGGAAGCAGCUCUGAAGCGCUACGAGUGCGCUCGACAAGCUUCUUGUGAAUAUCUUUCACAUGAGAAUUAA